GAACCAGUUUAUAUGUUGAUAUACACCAAAACGAGACGUCAUGGCGGCAAGAUGUACUUCUUCUGCCUUUCAAAUGUUUCUUCUUGUGUUUGUGCUGUCCACAUUAAGCUUUGGGAUGAAUAUGCCAAACGAAACACUGGUGAGGACGUGGGCGGAGCAGCUGGGUAGGAACAUUGCAGGCUUUGACAAGAGGAGUUUGCCAUUUACCACCAUACGAACCUUCUUUGAUGAAAGUACGAAAGAGUCAGAGGUGGAGGAAGUGAAUGGGACGGCCCUGAUCCUUGAGAUGGCGGAUCAGGUGGCCCAGAUGUUGGGGAACAAAACAGCAGCCCUCAAGCGGGCUGUGAAAGUCGCAGAAUCGGCAGCUGCCCGUCACAACUACUCCGAAAACAUCAAAGAAUCGGAUUUGGUGAACUAUUACAAAUCCAAGGACGAUGCAUGCAUCAGUGUGUGCAAAAUUCUGGAGUAUAGUGAGAAGUUCAGGCAAGGAAUAAAUGCAUCAGUCUCAUCAGUUCACAUUCCAGUGGAAAUCUACGAUAAAGAUCCAGAGAUCCUCAAUGCUCUGAAGUGGUCCCAUGAGCUGGAUAAAGUUUUUCGAGAGAACUAUGAGGAGGACAAAGAAAUACUGUGGCAGUACUUUGGCAGCCAGACUGGUUUUAUGCGGUCAUUUCCAGCCAGUAAAUGGAGGCAGACAGGAGAGGUGGAUUUGUAUGAUGUCCGUCGCAGGCCAUGGUACACUCAGGGCUCCAGCUCCCCCAAAGACAUGCUGAUCCUCAUAGAUACGAGCGGCAGUGUUGUGGGACAGUCUCUCCAGUUGAUGAAAGUGGCCGUCAAGUCCAUCCUAGAUACACUUGGGGAAAAUGACUUUGUACAGAUUGUUCAGUUUGCCAAAGAAGCUGUGACAGUUGGAUGUAUGAAAAGAUUUGUGCAGGCUAAUUACAGAAACAAGAAGUAUUUGUCUCGUGUUGUAAGUGAAAUGAAAGCAGAAGAAAUGGCCAACAUUUCCAAGGGAUUGGAGUAUGCUUUCGAUCAGUUUGACCAGUUUGAGAACUCCACGGAGGCGGGGGUGGGGGCUCACUGUAACAAGAUGAUCAUGCUGCUGACAGAUGGCAGCACUGAUAACGGGGAUGAGGUCUUCAAACGACGCAACUUUAACAGACCGCUCAAGAACAGAGUGCGAGUCUUCACGUACGCCGUUGGUCAGAACCCAAACCCUGUCAAGGACCUCAAGUGGAUGGCCUGUGCCAACAGAGGCUAUUUUUCAGAGAUUCCUGCAAUGGGUGCCAUCAGAGCCCGUGUUCAGGAGUAUGUGGAGGUGGUUGCUCGACCUCUCGCCCUCAAACACACCGACUAUGUCAAAUGGACCAGUAGCUACUCCGGAGCCCAUGGUCCAUCUCUGGGACUGGGACUGGUGGUGACUGUGACCCUCCCCGUCUACAACCGGGCACCCUCGGGGUCUAACCAGACUAUCCUUGGAGUGAUGGGGAUAGACGUAACCACGGAACAGAUGAAGCGCUACAGUCCAGUGUGGCAGCUCGGCCCUAGUGGUUACACCUUUGCCAUCAACACCAAUGGAUAUGUCAUAUUCCACCCCAGCCUAAAGAUCCAUGAUGAUAUUGAGGACACACCGAAUCUUGAUUUCCUUGACAUUGAAAUUGAGAAUGAGGCAAAAGAUAAGUUAAGAGGAGACAUGAUAGAUGGAAAGAAUGGAGUUGUGGAAAUCUCCUCCUUUGAUUUAUCAGUGGACGAGAACUAUGUACACGAAGAAAGGAGGCGGUACUUCUACACUCCUAUUGGGAACACCACCUUCAGUCUGGGACUUUCUCUUCCAUCGUAUCAAAAGUUCAUCGUUAAACAUUCUGGUCCGUUCACUAAGGCCAACGCUACAGAGCUGAUUAAAUUAUUAGAAGAACAAGAGGACAGAGCUAAACUACUGGCGCCAUGGAAAUAUUACAAGUCGAGUGAAGUGACCGACUCCUACAACUCCAGUGAUGUGGUGAGGGACCUGGUAGCUGCCCUACAGAAUUACUCCCAGUCACCAGACACUUUUGACACAGAGAUGAUGAAGCAGCUUCACUUAGACUUGAGGGUGUCCAAUAUCUCCAUUAAAAUGAUGAAGGACAUGAUGCAUGUAACCUUCACCAGCCCAGGUUCUGCUGAUAAUGACACUGCUAACAUAACAGCCGUCUUCAUGGCAACCUAUGGAGGACUAACAACUGUGUCUCCCAAAAGUAUGUCGUCUGUGCUGGAGAGAUACCAGGAUCCAUGGAAGUCAGCUUACUUCAGGCGGGCCCUCCACUACAGCCAGACAUUUAUGUUCCAUGCACUCUAUACUACAGACUACCAGGAGAACAUGACAUCUCCCACAGUCAUGGUGACCCAUUCAGUGUUUGGAUCCAAGAAAGAGGAGAAGCCCGUGGCUGUGAUUGGGGCCAUUGUGGACCAUGACUUCUUGCUUCAACUGAUGAACUCUUCGUCCAAGUCCGGCGACUCUGUCUACAGCUGUAAGGACGUGGACAAUGCCGUCUGCUUCCUGUUGGACGACGGAGCCUUCGUGGUGGCCGCCAAUCACCCUGACUACCACCUACAGAUUGGCCGUUUUCUUGGUCAUGUGGAUGCAGGUUUAAUGGAGCAACUUUAUGGCAGUGUAUACCACAGGGUAGAGGAAGUGGACUAUCAGGCCACAUGUGUGGACUAUGGAAAUGAGACCAGUGCUGCUCCUCUUGGCUUCAGAAUUCCUUCCAUUAAUUUAGUGUUUGAGUUGUUGACUGUCAACUGGUGGAACAGUGUCUGGACAUGGGCUGUUGUCAACUUGAAUGUUUACAGUUGGUUCAGUUCUCCACCAACUGUAGCAGCCUCCUCUGAUGAUCAGGAAGAGAAAAUCUGCAGUAAACAAAGAGCUCAGUAUUACUUUAAUCCCAACCUGGAAGAAACCAAUGGAAUUAUCUACCCUUGUAAUGAAAACUGUACAAGGGACUACCUUGCCCGGCGGGUACCGGACACUAACCUGCUGUUUGUAAUCAUCAGCCCGGCCUGUCCCAACUGUUACGAGCCGGCCAGCUCCAAGAACCUAGUACAGGAGCCUGUGGAAAUGGCCCUAGCCGACAACGACCUUUGCAAUCAGACAGCCAGAUACAGACGAAACCCGGCCAAGUGUUAUGACUUUGAUACUAGGGAGACUAACCCUGUCUGUGGCGGGCCUCUGACCUCCCCCGUGUCUGUGGUACUGGUGGUGGUGGCCACCCUCCUGACAGUCAUCUCUGCACGACUGUCCUGAGGGGCAGGAGACGGAUAGCAGCGAUUCCCUUCAAAGAUUCCAUGGAGUGAGAGAAGCCUGAAAGAGAACGUCCAAUGUGAAUGAUGGCGGCGAUACUUGUUGUUUGAUAGCUUUUGGUAUGACGAUAGUUGUUGAUGAAAACAGAAUGAUGUGUUCUGUUGAGAAAAGUGAUUGUAUCUUUCAUGAUCACUUAAAAUGAAUGACAUACGAUUUUAUGUGUAUAAAACAUGGCAGAAUCUCAAAAUUUGAUAUAGUUUACAAAAUAUUUUUAAAGAUGUUUCAUAUAGAAUUAUCUAUUAGGCUUGAAUCAUUGUUGUUCAGAGGUGUUUUGAAUUUAUGAGAUUUUUUUGGUGGUAUUUUUUAGGAAAAGGGUUAUUUCUUUUCUUUUUUUAUUGAAAUGAAAAAAGUGAUGCAGACAAGCCUAUAAAGAUCUAUCAUCAUAAAAGCAAAUGAAUUUUGAAUUAUACAAAGAAGUAGUGAUUUAAUUUGUGAUUAUAAAACGAAGGGAAAAUGGUGUGAAUCUAAAUACUAAUUUGUAUCAAUUACCAUGACAAGUUUUUUUUUUCUGUAGAAUGUGGUUGAAUUUCUGCCUGAGCCUUUCAUUAACCUGUGCAAUGUUCAUCACCGUAUCUUCUUUACUCUAUAACACAAUGACCUUUAUUUUUACAUCUACAUUUACCUCUGUUUCAAAACCAAAGAUUGGGUUAAGGAAGAAAUCUGUGUUCUGUGUACUUUUGCAUAAUAUGUGUGAUUUUGUGCCAAAUCUAAGAUUACUUUUCUCUUUCUCUCGAUGUACAUUUGUAUUACAGUGUACAGUGGUCUUGGUCAAUUUCGGUGUGAACUUACUGUCUCUGAUAAUCAUAGUUGUGUAUAAUGUUUUAGAUUAUUUAUUCUGUGUUUGUUGAUCAUGUCCACUUAAAGUGACCUAAUGUUGUUGGCUUCUUGUAAGGCCAAUAUUAUUUGGUGGGGUUUUUUUUUAAUUAGAAUUUCUCUUGUGAUGUCCAUGUAUUUACAUGAUAAAUGUAUUUCUAUGUUUAUGUCCAUUUUAUGGGGUAACCAUUUGUGUGUUCCUUUAAACAUAGUUGUUUGUGAUUUUUCAUUCCACAUUCCCAGCUUUGUAGGUGUAAUUUAGCAUAGAUAAGAAGACCCCCAUGUUGCUGGAUAUAAGAUAUACAUUAUUUGAUGAUAUUCUGUUUGUUCCUUAGAUGUACCAAAGCAGCAAUCAGUUUGAAAAUAGUCAAAAAGUGUGAAUGAUACAUGAUAUUUAAAAUACUGGUGUGAAAGUUUUGUUCAUUGACAAAAGUUUAAACUACAACAAGACUAUUUACCAGCUGUAUACAAACAUUUGUUGACAGAAAGAGGAACAAAUUCCAAGGGUUGUUUUUUACAGAAUAUGUUACAUUAUUAAAACUUUAAAAUGUACAUAUUUAUUAGUAUUUAUUUGUAUAUAACAAAUAUUAAUAUAUUGUCAAUGUUAUUUCUAAUUUUUAUGCUGAUGUUACAAUUUUAUAAUAUUUCAUUUUUUGUACAUGUAACUUGCAGCAAAUUGUAUUCAGAUUUGUUGGGCAAUAUUUUUGACGAAUCUCAGUGAAUGUUUUGAAUCUCAAUGUAGGGCAAGGUGUCUCGGUAUGGGUCACGGUGUCUCGGUGUAGGGCACGGUGUCUUGCUGCAUCCUAGAUGUUACUUUACUCUCGAUCUUCUUUGCUCAUUGUUUGCCAUACUGUACUGAGGUUUCAUUCAUAGUUUGUCCUCUGUUUAAAACUAUUAUAGUAAAUGGGCAAUAAUUUUUCAUCAUUUUUUGACAUCUUUAACAGUUUGUACUCUUUAGUGACACAACCCUCUCUGGUAUGUAACAAAUACAUUUGUGGAAGAGUGUGGCACAAAUAUGUGUCCAUUAGUAAAAUUCUGAAUUGUUUUUCAUUUGUAAAUUAUCUUGGAGCGGAAUCUAUUUACAUCUCCAGCAAAGGCAUGGUCAGUAGUAAUUUUGUUCAGGAGGGAGUUUUGAACAGAUUUUUAUUAAAAUCAGAUUUUUAUUAAAAUCGAACUAUAGUAACAUUUGAUAUAAAAUUGUUUGAAACAACCCAUUUCUUUUAUGGAACAAUAUAUGAUAUAAAACGUCUAUGGAAUGUCCACUAUUUCGUGUUGAACACUUCCUUUCAAUCUCAUAAAACUCGGCUCUGUUUUUAUUUUCAUACAUACAUGAUAUAUGGUAAGGUUAUCUCAAAGUUCGAUAGAGGCAAAUAGUAUUUUGUAUUAGUGUUACAGACUUAAAUGACCACCAUUCCAGUGAAGCUUUUUGAGGAUUUAGAUGUUAGGACUUCUCAUCAAUCAAAGAAUGUCACGGAGACAAGAUGUCGGCCUGAAUAGGCAAUCGUAGACUGUACUCCACAAACAUCAUGUGAUAUCUUUACAAGAUGUCUGCCUGAAUAGGCAAUUGUAGACUGUAUUCCACAAACAUCAUGUGACAUCUUUACAUGACUUGUGUACUGCCUCUUUUUUAUCUUAGUAGCUUGAUCACAAUGUUCAGUUGAUAUUACAUGUCAUUGUUUUUAAUUUUGAUAUUUUUAGUUUUUUGGUUUUUUUUUUUGUCCUGGUGUUCUGUCGAAUUGUGAAAAGUGAUGACUCUGUCACUGAAAUUAUUCAUAUUUACCUGUAUAAGAAACAGGAAAAAAAACCCACAGAGAGCCCUAUACUGGUGCCCCUGAGGCCACUUACAUGUACCAUCAAGUUGAUUGGAAUUCAGCACAUACGUUUUGUGAUUAAAUAUGUGAAAUUGUAUGGUAAUCAAAUGAGUACAAAGGUAGUUACUUGUAUGUAUAUCUUAAUUCGUUAAAUACUACCGCCAACGCCCUCCAAUUAAUUUUUUGUUUUUUCAUUUAAUCUAUUUUACACCAGUUAUAAAUAGAAUUUGAUGUAAGGUCUUGGGGGUUUAUUAUGUUUGUAUUUGUUAACACAGUGGAGAUAGGGGUGUUUUAUUAUCUGUGUCUUUCCUACCACAUCAUUUCCUAAUAAAUGACUUUAAAAUCAA